AUGGCCCCAGCAGGAAAUGCCGUGCACCGGCCACCUCGACACGCCGGGGCCCCCAGCCCCCGCCACGCCACCGGAGCCCACGGUAUCUUCCUCAUCCCCUACUUCAUCAUGCUCUUCAUCAUGGGGCUGCCCCUCUUCCUGAUGGAGCUGAGCCUGGGCCAGUACGGGGCUGCGGGGCCCAUCACUGUCUGGAAGUGCUGCCCACUCCUCAAAGGCGUUGGCGUUGCCAUGCUCAUCGUGGCCUCCCUGGUGUCCCUCUACUACAACGUCAUCAUCGCCUGGGCUUUCUACUACCUGGGCUCCUCCUUCCAGAGCCCCCUGCCCUGGUCCUGCCAUGCCCCCAGGAACGUGGACCUCUGCCAGAACACGUCUGGGACAACCAGCUGGGUCAGCGCCAGCGAGGUUUUCUGGAAUGAGCAGGUCCUGGGGGUGACACACAGCUCUGGCCUUGGGGACCCCGGCCCCGUGCAGUGGCCCCUCGCCCUCUGCCUGCUGGCGGCCUGGACCCUCAUCUUCCUCUGCAUGCUGAAGGGCAUCCGCAGCUCUGGCAAGGUGGUGUAUUUCACCGCCACCUUCCCCUACCUGGUCAUCUUCAUCCUCAUCAUCCGGGGGGCCACGCUGGAGGGCUCCCUCAGCGGCGUCAGCUUCUACCUCUCCUCGGACUGGAGCAGGCUGCAGAGCGCCCAGGUGUGGAGCGACGCGGCCUCGCAGAUCUUUUACUCCCUGGGCAUUGGGUUCGGGGGGCUGCUCUCCAUGGCCUCCUACAACAGGUUUGACAACAACGUCAUCCGGUGA